UAAAUUUAGUUGACGUAUAGUAAUAGAUAUGGUUUGAAAACUAUUUAAAUUAUUCAGUCAACAAAUGCCUAAGCAUUCAGAAAAUCAUUUUCAAAAUCUGCUAUAAAAAUAUUCGAAUUUAUCAAUACUUAUAUAUAUAUAUUGUUACUGAAAAAUAGUAAAAAUGUACAAGUUAUCUCUGUUGGCAAAGUUUGGGUGUAUUGCUGUAAUUAUAUUUCAAGGAUUUUUGUUGAACAAGUAUUUAACCAUAUCUUAUAAUAUAAAAUGGUGGACAUGGUAUAUUGGAGAUGCCUUUGUUGUUGGUGUUUGGACAUUAAUUUUAUUUUACCUACAUAAAAGAUUUAAGAAGAAAGGUAUUGAUGAAGUUGAUGCAGAAGAUCCUACAAAAUUUCCAGAUGAAAUAAAAUAUGCUUUUUUUGCUUGGAUAAUUUAUAUUAUUUUUUUACUGCCAAGAAUGGUUAUUUUAUUCAGCAAAAAUCCUCUAACAUUUAGAGAAAGCGAUUUGUUUGGACCUAAUUUCUUGAAAGUUUCAUUAGCAUGUACUCCGCUUGUUUUUUUGUUGAUGAUCUUUGGGUAUCAUAAUGCAAAUACAAGUCAAGAUCGUAAAGUAUAUAUUUCCUCACUAGCAUCAAGUGUAACUUUAGAUCUUUUUGAUAGCAUGGAUUUGCUGGAGUUGCUUUUUGAACCCAGUGGGGUACCUAAAGUAUUUUUAAUACUUACUUUAGGUUUUGCAAGCAUAAACUUAUUUCUUCCUACUAUGGCUCUUUACGAGUUGUAUGUAAAUAAAUUUUCUGGAAGGGUUCCUGGAUUUUCAUUUAGAAUUUGCUAUGUUUUUGGAUAUAUGUUUUUAGUGAAUGUACCAAAUUUGAUUUUGAGAUCGUUUUUAUGGCAUAACCAUGAUGCUGAUAUUUCAGUUCUUAUUAUGAAGAAUGUGAUGUGUAUUUUGAUUGGUAUAAAUGAAAUUGUUGAAUUUUUAUGUGAAGAAAGACCAAAAAGAUGUGACAAUUGCAGAUACCAUUUUAAAGUAUCAGCAUACAAAGACCAUUGUAAAAAAUGUGUAAUAAACGAACCAAAAAAACAAGAAUCAAAUACUUUGUUAGUUCAUGAUAACUUAUAAAAACUAUAUAACUUUAUCACAUUUGAUAGAAUCAAUUUUCUUUUUUUUUUUAAGCACUUGCGUUUGGUCGACAUUCUCUCGGUUGUGUGAUAUGAAAAGGUGCAAAACGAUAAUUUUUGUUUUAUGCCACUUUUUUAAAACAACAAAAAUGUAUUUUGUUUUACAUCGAUCUAUAGGAAACAUAACGUUAAA